AGGGAGGGAUCUAAGCGCAGUCCAGCUUCUCUGCGCUGUGGAGCACUAGUCAGUCCGACAGUGAAGGACACAGAAAGAGGAGAGAUUGUGCAGCAGUGCAGCGCAGGAAUAAUUAACUGAAUUAAAAUGGCAAAGAAGCAGGAGAAAAGCAUUACCCUCUCAUCUGUUUGACUGAAUAGUUGGAUAAAGCUGACAAGGAGGUACAACAGGAAUAACAAGGAGGAGAGGGAGAAGGUGCCAGAGGUCCGUCCAUGCUUAUUUCUCCUCUCGCACCGUCCGCCUGAGGAGCUUUGCUGCUGAUGGUGUCACUGCGACAGCGCUCAGUGAGGGAGCUGUGUGAGCGCGCUGGUGUGUCUGUUUAAAUAUCAACAGCUGAGAGUUCAUCUAUCAGGUGGAUGUGGAGUAAAUCUGGGAUUUGUGAGCUGGAAGAGUUUCAUUCAGGUGUCAGUUGAACAUUCCUCGUUUUCCCUCCUCUUCCCUUUUUUCCUUUGGUGCAUUCGUCUGUACGAGAAGCUUUGCCUGUUUGAUCAGGAACUGCUGCUGCGCUCUGCUUCCCCCUGUCCUACCUUGCUUUUCUUCAGCCCUCUACCGGCUUUUUAGUAACUGCUCUGGGACUACAAUUGGAGGUCUGGUUUGGUGGCUCCCCCACAGACAGAAAAAGCAUAUGGAUGCCACUGCGUCUUAUACAUCGUUACCCAAUAUGCCAGAAGCCUAAAUCCUUGGGCGGACUCCACUGCCUAGGCUCCCAACCACAGUUGAUGCCUGCUGCCUUUCAGCCAACCCACACACCAUCUUUGGCAGAUCCAUGUUGACUCUAUCUGUUCAAAGACUCAAUAGUCUCCAGCUGCCUCUUUGAGGACAUCAGAAAGAGAAAGGAAAAGUGGGAAAAAAAAUUGCUGGGGUUUGAAAAUCUUGCUCCUCUGAUGAAUUCCCUUUUUUUUCCCGGAUUCUGAUUCUGUGAAGUGAAAAAACCUGAACUGACACCAACCCUAAGCCUUGACACAGCGGGUGAAAUGUAAUUGAAAAAAAACAAAAAUAUUGGACACUUCUUCCAACGAGCCUCCCCACAGAGCUGAGUCACACAAGGUGACAUGCGUCUCAUCCUACCAUGUAGCCACAACAACUUGAGGAAACCUCCCAGAAACUGUUCUUCCAAACACUCAGCUAUUUUUAACAAGCUGAUACACAACACUGAGUCAAUCAGCUGAGAGGAGAGGAGACUGGGUUAUUAUCAGCCUGUGCACUUCCUAUUUACAUCUUUAAUCUUUGUUUUCUGAGUAAUUAUCUUUUUAAUUAAUGGUGACAGAGGCGUGAAUUCCUCCUUGCCACCUUCUUCAGCUCUUUCCUUUUUCACCGCUGCUAGAGACACCUGAAACCAAUUAACUACAACUGAUCUAGUUGUAUUAGACACGAGAAGAACUGAAGUGAUUAGAUGUAAAUACAAAGAGAGUUAAAAGGCGACCAAGAACAAAACAAGACCAAGAGAACGGAGAGGGUGAAAGAGAACCUGCCGGUCAACCUGGUAUUUGAUAAAAGGGAGGAUCAGAGGGCAGUGGAGGAUAUGGCCAGAUUAAGGUGCCAACACGCUAAGAUAAUAACUAGUUGUGAGUCAGUGGGGAAGAUUGACUGCAGGAGCCCAGAGUCUUGACUGACAGGCAAAGGACUCAUUGCCAUUCUUUGUGCUGUGCGAAGCAUAGCAUCACGGAGAGGAGAAACUCCUGGCUGGCUGCCACAAUCAGGGCCAAUUAGGAGAAUUUGAUUAUAUGCCUUAAUCUUGGCAGUCAGGUGGAAAAGCAGUCAGACAGAGAAAGAGGAGGCUGAGCAGGUGCCACCGAUACACACCAUUAUCUCUGUCCAUCUCUAAUUGAGUUUGUUUCUGCCCCUGUGAGUGUCUCAUCUCCAAACAAGAGUUUUAAGUGGUGGAGGUUCCUCAAGAGAAAACAGGAAAAGAGGAAGAAAAAAACACAUUGUGUUUUCCUUCAGAGAUAUACAAGGACUGUUUUCUAUCUCCCUCAUCUCUUUAAACCUAUUUUCCAUCCGUUCCUCAAGAUUUAUCAUCCCAACAUGGACUUGUCCUUUCUGGAAGUUUCCCUGCAGCUUCCUCUAUCUCCAUAUUGAGCCUGAGAUAAAAGCAAGAGAGGAACUGAUAGGCAUAGAAAGGAAAAGAAGCAGCAAGGUACUGAAUCCGUGGAGGACAGAGCAGACUUUAUUUCCUUCCUCAAUCUCAGACACCCCGAGGCUCCUGCCAAGUGUCCCCAAAGCUGCACUUCCUCUUUUUUAAAUUUCCUCGUCUCCCUCGGAGCCCGUUUCCCUGCUCCCCUCCUUGUGGAUCAUACGCUCCAUCCUGGACCUCACCAAGAUUAAAGUGGCCCCAGUUACCCGAGGAAAUCCUUUGAUAUCGGCUCCUAGUGUUGUCAACAUAAUUCUGUGGCGGUACAGGCAGCCAGCAGACCAUUCUCCAUGAGGAGCAGUGGAAGAUGCCGGCUCUGCCAGCACUGCUGCUGUCGAUUUAUGUUGUCGUCCUGCUGCUGACUAUGGCACCUCUCUUCUUCAGCCAGGCCAACACCCUAUCUGCUGUCCGGAUGGCGGCCAUUUUGGAUGACCAGUCUGUGUGUGGUCGUGGUGAGCGUCUGGCUCUGGCUCUGGCCAGGGAGAACAUUAACAGUCAGAUGGAGGGUUCUGCCCAGGCCAGGGUAGAGGUGGAUGUCUAUGAGCUACAGAAGGAUUCCCAGUACGACACCACCGACACCAUGUGCCAGAUCCUGCCUAAGGGCGUGGUCUCAGUGAUCGGCCCUGCCUCCAGUCCCGCCUCAGGGUCGACAAUCAGUCACAUCUGUGGGGAGAAAGAGAUUCCUCAUGUGAAGAUCGGCCCUGAAGAAACCCCAAAACUGCCAUACCUACGCUUCGCCUCGGUGACUCUCUACCCGAGUAACGAAGACCUCAGCCUGGCCAUCGGAUCCAUCCUGCAGUCCUUUGGCUACCCAACAGCUAGCCUCAUUUGUGCUAAAGCAGAGUGCCUGCUCCGAUUAGAGGAGCUUGUUCGCCACUUCCUUAUCUCCAGAGAGACGCUGUCGGUGCGAAUGCUGGAUGAAAGUCUGGAUCCCACCCCUUUGCUGAAGGAGAUCCGUGAUGACAAAGUGGCUACCAUCAUCAUCGAUGCUAAUGCUUCUAUAUCUUAUCAUAUUCUCAGGAAGGCUAACGAGCUGGGGAUGAUGUCAGCCUUCUACAAGUACAUUCUCACCACCAUGGAUUUCCCUCUGCUCCAGCUAGAUGAUGUUGUGGGUGACCAGUCCAACAUCGUUGGUUUCUCCAUGUUGAACAUUUCCCAUCCUUUCUACCUGGAUUUCAUCAGGAGCCUGAACCUGUCGUGGAAAGAAGGGUGCAGCAUCAACCCAUACCCAGGACCUGCGCUGUCAUCUGCCCUGAUGUUUGAUGCUGUUCACGUGGUGGUGAGCGCCGUGCGGGAGCUGAACCGCAGUCAGGAGAUUGGCGUGAAGCCACUGAGCUGCACCUCCCCCCUCAUCUGGCAACAUGGGACCAGCCUCAUGAACUACCUACGCAUGGUAGAAUAUGACGGUCUGACAGGCCACAUUGAGUUCAACAGUAAAGGACAGAGGACCAACUACACCCUGAAGAUCUUGGAGAAACACCCUGCAGGCCAUAAAGAAAUUGGCACUUGGUAUUCCAACAACACAUUGGCAAUGAACUCAACUUCUUUGGACCUGAAUGCCUCAGAAACACUAGCUAACAAGUCCUUAAUUGUCACCACGAUACUGGAAAACCCAUAUGUAAUGCGCAAGUCCAAUUAUCAGGGCUUCCAAGGAAAUGACCAGUAUGAAGGUUUUUGUGUGGACAUGCUGAGGGAGCUGGCAGACAUCCUGAAAUUCUCCUUCAAGAUUAAGCUGGUGGAUGAUGGGUUAUAUGGAGCACCUGAACCUAAUGGCAGCUGGACCGGCAUGGUGGGGGAGUUGAUCAACAGGAAAGCUGACCUGGCUGUCGCCGGCUUCACCAUAACCUCAGAGAGGGAGAAGGUAAUUGAUUUCUCCAAGCCAUUCAUGACUCUGGGAAUCAGCAUCCUCUACCGAGUGCAUCUGGCUCGAAAACCAGGUUACUUUUCCUUUCUCGACCCGUUUUCUCCUGCUGUUUGGCUUUUCAUGCUGCUGGCCUACCUUGCUGUCAGCUGCGUUCUCUUCCUCGCCGCCAGGCUCAGUCCUUAUGAGUGGUACAACCCUCACCCAUGUUUACGGGAGCGGCGGGACAUCCUGGAGAACCAGUACACACUGGGAAACAGUCUGUGGUUCCCAGUUGGAGGCUUCAUGCAGCAAGGCUCAGAGAUUAUGCCGCGGGCCCUGUCCACCCGCUGCGUUAGCGGAGUCUGGUGGGCGUUCACUCUCAUCAUAAUCUCUUCCUACACGGCCAACCUGGCGGCGUUUCUCACCGUGCAGAGAAUGGAGGCGCCGAUCGAGUCUCCCGACGACCUGGCAGACCAAACCAACAUCCAAUAUGGCACCAUACAUGGAGGGUCCACCAUGACCUUCUUCAUGAACUCGCGGUACCAGACGUACCAGCGAAUGUGGAACUACAUGAAGUCCAAGCAGCCCAGUGUGUUUGUGAAGAGCACAGAAGAGGGUAUCGCCCGUGUCAUCAAUUCCAAGUACGCCUUCCUGAUGGAGAGUACCAUGAACGAGUAUUACCGCAGCCUAAACUGUAACCUCACGCAGAUCGGAGGACUGCUGGACACAAAGGGAUACGGCAUCGGCAUGCCGCUGGGCUCUCCAUACCGAGAUGAGAUCACGCUGGGGAUCCUGCAGUUGCAGGAGAGCAACAGGCUGGAGAUUCUGAAGAGACGCUGGUGGGAGGGAGGCCAGUGUCCUAAAGAGGAGGACCACCGAGCCAAAGGUCUCGGCAUGGAGAAUAUUGGCGGGAUCUUUGUAGUUCUGAUUUGUGGCCUCAUCGUAGCUGUGUUUGUGGCCAUCAUGGAGUUUGUGUGGUCAACUCGCCGCACCGCUGAGACAGGCGAGGUCUCUGUUUGUCAGGAGAUGUUGACAGAGUUUCGAAAUGCAGUUUCUUGUAAGAAAGGUUCCCGGGCUCGUCGGCGCCGCCCCCUGAGCAGUGCUGGGGGUGGAGUUCUGCGUCAUCCCUCCCGACUAGCUCUAGCAGGCCCUAGGCCAAUUCGGCUAGUCCGAGAGAUGCGACUCAGCAAUGGGAAACUCUACAGUGGCACUGGGCCCCUGACUGGGGGUUUGGCUGGGCUGGGGGCAGGUAUGGCGACAGGACCUGAUUUGGGCCCAGGGCCACAGAGGCUCUUGGACGAUCCAUUAGGCGUCAACUCCUCCUCUAAUAACCCUCCUCCACCUCCCCCUAUGCCAGCCUUUGAGGCUCCACCCGCCCCGCCACGCAGCUUCCUGCAGAGCUGCAGCCAUGUCCGCAUCUGCCAGGAGUGCCGGCGGAUCCAAAGUCUGCGGCCAGCCACACUCACCCCUCCUCCACCUCCUCCACCUUCUUCCUCCUCUUCUGCCUCGUCCUGCUCCCGUAUCCCUCCUUCGCUGGCGAUGUCGGGACAUCACCAUCGCCAUAAUCCCCACCACCACCUCCACUACCACCACGGAUCCAUGUCAUUACCCCGCCUCCCUCCUCCCCCUCCCCCAAUCUCAACAGACAGAGCCGACAGUGAUGGGGGAACAGCGAGCCCACUACGGGCGACAAACAGACCCGCACCCCCACCCAGGCCGCCACCUGCCAAAGGACCAACAUACCCACCAACGGACUUACUUGGGGGACACAAUUGUGCUUAAAAACAUUGAGUAAAGACUCAAAAGAUACAUUUUAAAAGAUUCAAACUUUUCCUUUGGCCCUAGCAACACAGCUGUACCUGUCCAAACUCCUGAGGAAGAGAAGAGAAGAAACUAUUUGGACCCAUUUGUAAGUUGGAUCCCUCAAAGUGGAGCCUUUGGCUCAGUUCAUACUACAAACCUUUACUGAGUGAUGAUUGAUUCUAAGCCCUCUAACCUGGCAGCGGAGAGGAUUAAAUAAAUUGAACUCUGGAAUUUGCAACUUGAAGCAGUUGCACGAAUAGGCAGAGAAUUAGCGAACAACUUCAGAUUCAGUCCACCAUCUCUUACCUCGCAAAUCCUCCCAUUUCAAGAAUAGACGACUCUGAGACACAAACAGGUAGAGGUCACCGUUGUUUUUUUUUUGUUUUUUUUUUUCUUUAUUUUCAUUUGAAUACUGAAGUAGGUGUUUGUGUAAGAGGAUACCUUCCCGCAGACAAGUGGUAGCAGAGCAGUUGUACAGUAAUCAUGGUCUUCUGUCACACUUUUGGACGUUUGUGGAAGGAGGAUGUAGCUUUUUCCCCCAUUCUGUUUUGCUGUUUGUAAAGAUUCCUGCUGGCUGGUGCUGUGAUCCACAGAGCAGAUAAACAAAAAAGUAAUUACUUGCCUAAAGUGUACAAAACUGUGCUGAGGUAGUUCUUGUGUUGCAUAGAAAAUGUAUCAAGUCAGAAAAAUGCACUGUGAGGCAUCUGAAGGUAAAGGGCUGAGAAGCAACAAGAGUUCAUUAUUUUUUAUAAAGAAAACAACAAAAAACAAAGAAAAAAAGUUUGAAAUCUUUGAGAUGUCAUGUUACACAACUUCAAGAUGUGACAACCAGUUGCAUAGCAAUGUUUUUAGGUAAAAAACAAAGGUAUUUUUAGCAUUGUUUGGGGAGAAGAACAUCACUUAAGGCCUUUGCACACCAUGUCUCAGUUCUUCAGUUUAUGUCAGCAGAGUAAUCAUGCACAUGAAUGUUAUUGUCUAAAAUUAAAUCAGAAAAACUGUCUGAUGUGCAUCAACCAUUCAGAUAUAAAGAACAUGUAACUGUUUAUAGAAGUGUGUGAUCUUCUUUUAGAUGUGCUGAUCCAGUAUUAUCAGCAGCAUGCAUGAAUCGAUCGUGAAAUGGUCACAUUUGUUUUUUCAGCUGAAGUCUUCUUCAUGCUUGGUUGGAUGGACCAGCUUUUUACUUAUUUUUCUACUGUAAACGACAACAAAACCGCCUUGACAAUAUAGCAUUUCUAUUCUGCCUUGUAUUGUAAAAUUUCCACAAAGGUUUGAUUAAUUAAACCCUUGGGACAACAUUUGCUAGCUUUUGGCACUUUCAAAUUUGUUAGAUGAUGGAUUAAGACAAUAUAAUAUGUGUAGACUUGUGCAAAGGCCUUUUGGUUUGUAGUUUUUAAUUUAGCAUAUAAGGCUAUUUCUAUUAUCGAAUGACACUGAUGUCACAAAAUGGAUGAGCAGGUGAAUUUAACAUACACCUCAAGAUGUCACUUUAACAUAUAUUUUUAUACACAUUAGGUUAAUGUAAAAUUCAGAUGUAUAAAAUUUAUACUGAGUCAAGUUAGCAGUCUGAAACUCUUUCUUAGCAUGCUAGGCUAAGUGAGGCUAACAGGAAUGGAAAACUAAUUUCAAGCAGUAAGCUUCCAGUAAGCAGUCAAAUGGGGAUAAAAAGUGAAAGGAUCCAGAUCUUAUUUUAGAAAAUUAUCUUUCAUCCAGCCAAAAAAUAUCCGUUUUCUAUAAUUUUAUGUGAAACCAAGCUGCUUAAUUAGGUAAAUAUUUCCACAACGUUAGCCAUAGCUUAAAGCUAACUAGAAUUUUCCUCUAAAUACAAAACCUUCAACCAGACUUAGCAAUUUUUUAAUAAGGAUGAUUAAGUGGCCACAAUUGGAAUACAAAAUAUCUUAUUCAAAUGCAUUAAAACUGGAAAAUAUUGUUUCAGAUAAUAAUAAGCCCAUCUAGGGACAAGAGCUGUGAAUUAGCUGUUGCUAUUGAACUAUGACGUAAACAUGGGACUGCUGUCUUGUUCAUUUUGUCUACGUCGCUGUAUGUCUGUCCCUACCAAAUAAACCAAUUAAAAAAAAAUAAAAAAUCAGAAUAACGAGAUUUGUACUAAUUGAAAUUUUUAUCCCCUAAUACUGAUCCAAGUAAUUUAAGAUCAGUAUAUCGGCAAAAACCGAUAUGUAUCGAUAUAUCACCCUACAGCUCAAAAGUCCAAUGAAAUGCAUUAGAUUCAUGGUGUAACUGUGUCUCACCAAUGAGAACUUAGAUGCUAUAAUAUUUUCUAUUUGUCUUUCUUUUACUGUAGGAUAACUCUUGUAUGUUUCCUCUCUCUGGUUAUGACUUGGUAAUUCAGCUCAUAAAACAUUCUUGUGUCAUUUCAGUAAUUCUUGUGCAGACAAACCUUACAGAGAAAGUUCUUCUGCUUCUUAAACUUGGACUUGUUCUUUGAACGUUGUCAGAUCUAAUAGCUAAAUGGAGAUGCAUCUGAACACAAAGUGCGGAGCGGGUCAUAUGACAGAAAUGGGAACUGCUUGUAGUUUAUCUUUCACUCUGAGUAUCACUGUUAAGGGGGAAACAGUUCAAUUAUGUACUUGGCAUGCAAUGCAGUUUUGCAAUGCAUGCCUGUACAGGUUUGUCGUGUGUUUUUGCACACAUCAAUCAAGAUUAAACCACAAAACUUACGGUAAUGAAAUGCCUCGACGUGGAUGCCCUCGAGGACAGCAAGUUGAUCCUCCGGUCUUAUUAAGUGUUUUUUGUUUGACUGCACAUAAAAUGUUCAUGUUACUAAACUUACCAAUUCGUAUUGGUAAGUUUAGUAAAUGUUUUAAGGUGUAGAUGUGACCAAGCUAAUGCAGCUUUGUUACGAUUUAAAUUUCUAAUGCCAUAUUUUUUUGUUUGUUUGUUUGUUUUAUGGAUGAAGAAAAUUAAAACACUGAAAACUGUGAUCUUUCAAAUGAUGUUCAAUUAUAAAAAAAAAAACACUGAAUUGUUGUGUGCUUUCACUACUUUAAUGCUGUCUAUUCACAGUGCAGGAUAUGUGGAUUCAAUAUUCACUGAAUUUUUUUAGUUUUUGUAGAGCAUAUCUAAGAUAUUCAAAAGAAAUGGCAGCUUGGGAACAAGAAUGAUACUUGACAUACCAUUGGCUGGUGUUUGCAAAGCAACAAUCUAGGACUGUCAUCUUCCUUUGGCGUUGAUUUUCUUUGCUGCUGUUCCCCUAAGAGUGAAGAUAAGAAAGACCAUGGAUGUUAAGUUGUCCAGUAUCAUGAGAGUAGGAAGGUAUUUGUUGUUUAAACUAUUAAAUUAGGCAUUUAUAAGCAUUUAGCGGGGAUCUCAAGUACUUGCAAAUUCCAGCUUUUGCUAAGCAGGUAUGGUCCCAAACCCCAGCAAAUACCGAGGAUGCACUGUAAUGUUUGGGGAGUUUUAUUUCUUAAUGUUGCAGUAAGUUUUGCAAACCUAAUAAAAAAUCCAAAGUUGUGUUAAUUAAAACUAUAUGGACCCUUUUACCUCUGAUAAAGAUGCUUGAAAAAGAAAUUUACUGAACAUACAGAUAGUGAAGAACUACCUCAGUGCAGUUCCAUCUGUUUUAGGUCAGUUUAUUCAGUUUAUGCUGAUUUUAGGCUGUUUUUGUGGCUCAAAGGAGCUUGGAAACUUUGUACUGUACACACACCUAAGAACACACAUGCAGAAACAUAUUUGACUGUAAACUUGGAGCAAACCGAAGCAAAACAACACACUAAAUUUGUGUUUGUAUUUUCAUUGUGUCCAAUUGGAGUGUUACUUGCAAUAUUAUUAUAUUUUUUUAUAUAAUGGAAAUUUUUCUUGCAAGAUUAAUUUAUAAUCAAAUUCCCCGACCCUGUAUCAUCAUAAACAUGUUGGUUAUGAAGAGCAGUUCCACAUGUAAAGCCUUGUGUUACUGUGAUUAGAGAAAAAUGAAACAUUGUUUUGAAGAGCAGUGCCUGUACAUUUUUAUUCAUUUUGUGAUUUUAUUUUACUUUUUCAUAUAAACUGUAAUAUCAAGGCAGCAGCAAAUGUGGAGAAUGUUGAUGAAAACCUAAAUGUCACUGACUAAUUAAGGUAUGUUCACGCUGGGGUGUGUAUGUGUGUGUAAGACUGUGUGCUUGGCUAUCUUUGUGAGAACUAAGGUGAGUUCAGGCGUUGAAAGUUUCAGAUCCAGGUCUGAAUGGGGCUGAAGUCAUUGGCAUGUCCUCACAAACUCAGCUAUGCAUGUGUGAACAUUGUUCUGUUGCACAUUUGACUAUGUUUGGUUUUUGUUUUUGUUUUCCUCCCUCAGAUUUGUACCAGCAGAUUUCAGCUGUUCACACCAGAACAGGGAUGACAGAAGGACACUAUUCUGAUGAUUCUGAUGUUAUCAUGAUUAUUAUCAAUAUUGAUGUGUGGGGUGACUCUAGGAGGGGUUCCUCCCUCUGGUGUUCAAUAUAUAGAAACAUAUUUGGAAUAAAAAAAAACUUUUAAAAAGUCAUUGUAUUGAAAAUG